AUGACUCUUAAAAAAGCAAAGUCGACAACCAACGUGGCUUUCAGUGAAGUGGGAUGGACAUGCGCUGGGGCGAUAGGCAUCGACGAUUACUUCAUCGAAAGCCAGGAAGACCAACGACUUGGCCAGAUGCGAUGUGCGUUUUGUAACCAAAUGUUUGGGAAUUCUGAGUCGCUCGCACGAUCAAAACACAUGGUUAAUAUCCACAACUUUGCCACAUGCGAUCAAGGUGCACGUUAUCGGUACAGAGAUGGCUUUGAGAGUCAUCUGAGAGGCUACCAUACGGCCAAUACGGAUGCCGUCUCCGCGAACAUUCCAGGGAUGAAGGGAAUCUUUUAUCGCCAUCAAUCGGAAGUUAAAGAUGAGAGAAUUGAAUCACUCUAUGGUAUGCAACAACACCUGGAGAGUUCCACGGCAUCUCUGAUUUUAGAGAGUCAACUGAGGUCUCUAAUGUCUGGCCUCUUUGGUGCCAGCAAAUCACCAUCUUCAAACGGACUAAACACCCUCAAUGACUUGCGGAGAAGCUUGGAGAUGCUGUCAGACGUGGUUUUCUCGUCAAAAUCCACCCUCGAGUCUGCCGCUAUUUUAUAUCAGGCCGCCAAUUUAGUAGAAGAACUAUCUGUCAGCUUUGAUAGAACAUCUGGAAAUAGAUGGACAUCGAUACCCAGUGUCUUACUAGAAAAGGUUUCCCCCAGCCAAGGAAGUAAUGACCGCAGGACGACCUCCACAGACCUCGGAUAUCCCUCGCCCCUCGGCAGCUGGUGUCCUACCAACUCUACCGAAUGGGUGGUGCUCACCUCUGGGUUAAAGAUAACAAGCCUGUUGAAACACCUGAGGAACGGAAAGUCGACAAGGGAUAGAAUCGAUCGUUGGAUGUUGGAUGUUCUACACAAGUCAGAACAUCUCCUGAUCGUGUUGAGAUGCAGCACCUUCGUCGAUAUAUCGUCGACCUCCUCAAAUGUCACGGCAGGGCACGCGAGAGACGCGAGUUCUCAACUAUGGGGCAGUUCGUGGACCCAAGAUUUACUUGGAGUUUUCGAAAAGCAUGAGAAAGCUUUGGACGACCGUUCCUGUACAGUUCAGUCCGACGGGGCAGUAUACAGCCACCGUGAUGAUGCGGUCUUCGAGGGAGAACAAUUUUGGGACGAUCUCGGCAUCAACACUGCUUCAUACGACAGACGGCUUUUCAAGAGCCUCCGGUAG